UCGGGAAUGGGGCAGGCGGCCGCUGGAAGCAGCCGUUUUUGGGGUGUCUAAAGCAUUUUUGGGACGGCGAAAAAUUUGGGGAGUCCGAGUCAGCGCUGUUCAUCCUCAGCAAGCUGGAUCCUCCUCCUCUGUAACUCCCGGGGGUUGCUGAGCACUGUCCCAGGGCUGGGGCACCGCGCUGCCCGAGGGACACCCCAGGUGUGCCCAAAUCCGCGUGAUUGCCCCGGGAGUUUAAUCCAGACCCCAAAAUCCCCGGGGCAGCGGCGGUUCGGGCUCGGGGGCGAUGGCGCCGGGGGCCGGGCGGGGCUUGGAGGCGGCGCCGCCGUCCCCAGGAGCCGGCGCAGGUGCCGAGGCCGGGGCGCCCCGCGGGCGGGCGGCACCGCUGCCGUGCCCCGGUGCCCCGGUGCCCCGCCCGCCCGGCAGUGACGCGCCGGCCUCGCGGGGCGGAGCCUCCGCCCUCCGCUCCCGCCAUCACCAAACUUUCCGCCCGCCCCGGCCGCCGCCGCCGCCGCCUCCCGGCACAUGGCAGCGCCAGCCCGGCGCUGAGCCCCGCCAGCACCCCCGGCCGGGACAACGCCAGCGCGGGCAGCGGGGACAGCGCGGGCGGCGGGGACAGCGCCGCUGUCACCGACACCCAUCGCGGGGCUCCCGGGAGGACGGGGCAGAGCGGCGAGGGGCGGCCGGAGGCAGCGGAGCCGGUGCCCAUGUGCCCGCGGGCGCGGCGCGGCGGUGAAGCCGCGAUGAGCGCGGCGGGCGCCGCUCGGCCCUGGAAGCCCGACCCGGGGCAGGCGGGCGCGGGGCGGCCCCCGGGGCCGGCGCUGCCGCUGACCCUCAGCGUGCUGGCCUGGCUGGGCACCGGCACCACCAUGGCCGGCCUCAACAAGUGGAUCUUCGCGGCGCACGGGUUCCGCUACCCGCUGCUGCUCUCGGCGCUGCACAUGCUGUCCGGCGUGGCCGUGGGCUACCCGCUGGGCUGGGCGCGGGCACCGGGCCCCCGGCCCCGCGCCAGGAUCUACCUGCUCAGCCUCACCUUCUGCACCAGCGUGGCCCUGGGCAACCUGGGCCUGAGCUACGUGCAGCUGGACGUGGCACAGGCCGUGGCCACCACCACGCCGCUGGUGACGCUGCUGCUGGGGCUGCUGGCGGGCCGGCGGCCGCACCCGCUGCAGUUCUGGGCCAUGGGGCCGGUGUGUGCCGGGGCCGCCUGCAGCAUCGCCGGCGGGCUCUGCUUCUCCCAGCCCGGCUGCGGCUUCCUCCUGGCCGCCACCGUGCUCCGCGCCCUCAAGUCCAUCCAGCAGAGUGCGCUGCUGCAGGAGGACCGUCUGGACGCGCUGUCCCUGCUCGGCCUGACGUCCCUGCCCAGCUUCGUGCUGCUGUUCGGGGCGGCCGUGGCGCUGGAGCUGGGCCCCUCGUGGCAGGGCGUCCUUCGCCCCGACGCCGCGCUCUGGGGCUGCGUCCUGCUCAGCUGCCUGGGCUCCGUCCUCUACAACCUGGCCACCUCCUGCCUCCUGUCCCUCACCUCGGCCCUCACGCUGCACCUCCUGGGCAGCCUCACCGUGGUGGGCAACCUGCUGCUGUCGUGGCUGCUGUUCGGCACGCGGCUGGGCGCGCUGGGCUACGCCGGCGUGGCGCUGACGCUGGCAGGGAUGGUGCUGUACCACCAGCCCCGGCUCCUGGCCGCCUGCUGGGGCCUGCCUGGGCUGCGGCGGCACCCGCGCCACGAGUAGGGACCUGUGGGGGGCCGGGGCCAGGAGGGCUCUGGGGGAGCGCUGUGCACGUGUGUGCCAGUGUGUGUGACUGUGCACGUGUGUGCCAGUGUGUGUGACUGUGCACGUGUGUGCCAGUGUGUGACUGUGCACGUGUGUGCCAGUGUGUGUGACUCUGUGCACGUGUGUGCCAGUGUGUGACUCUGUGCACGUGUGUGCAGGUGUGUGACUGUGCACGCGUGUGCCAGUGUGUGUGACUCUGUACAUGUAUGCCAGUGUGUACAUGUAUGUGCCAAGGUGUGUGACUCCUCUGUGCAUGCAUGUGCCAGUGUGUGUGUGUGACUGUGCACGUGUGUCAGUGUGUGUGACUCCUCUGUGCACGUGUGUCAGUGUGUGUAACUCCUCUGUGCACGUGUCAGUGUGUGUAACUCCUCUGUGCACGUGUGUGCCAGUCUGUUACUCUGCACAUGCUGUGCCUGUGUGUGUGCCAGUGUGUGUGGCUCCUCUGCAGUGUGUGCCAGGGUGUGUGACUCUGUGCAUGUGUGUGCCACUGUGCAUGGCUCUGUGUGCACACACGGCUGCUGAGGUGCAUACGUGUGUCAGUGUGCAUAGUUGUGUGCACAUACAUUUUCUGGUGUGCCCAGAAGUGAGUGUACACGUCCUGCUUUGCACAGUGUCCGGGUGUGCUGGUGUGCCCAGCACUGUGCACGCAGAUGUGCUGCCGUGCACACGUGAUGUGUGCGCUGCUGUGGGCACGUGUGUGGAAUUGCACACUCUUGGGUGUGAGUGGGUCUGUGCACAGCUCUGUGCUUGUGAGUGUGCACAGGCUCUGCAGGUGUGAGCAUGGCCCUGUGUGGGACACGUUGAUGUGUAUGACACUGCACACGUUGGUGUGCACAGCUCUGUAGGCGCGUGCUGGUGCACAGUGUCGGUGUGCACAUGUUGGUGUGCGCGGGCUCUGUGUGCAAGCAGGUCUCGUGCUUGUGGGCACGUGUGCACUGCCGCAGGCUGUACGCAGGUGUGUGCAGUGUCUGUGUGGCACACGUGUGCUGCUGUGUGCAGGCUGGGCGUGCACAGCCCUGUGUGUGUGUGUGUGUGUGUGCAGGUGUGUGCUGCUGGCAGGUACCGCUGUGCACUGGCUCUGCACGUGUCCCUGUGUGCACACAUGGGCUGGGCACGCCCAGGGACAUGGCUCUGGACACAGCUCUGCAUACACAGCUCUGUGCAUCCAGCUGCUGUCCCACCUGGGAAAACAGACGUGUCUGUGUGUCUGGCUGUGUGUCCGUGUGUCUGUGUGUGUGUGUCACUACUGAGCUCUGCUGGCUGGAGUGGCCCCUGGCUCUCUGUGUACACUCGGUUCUUGUGGCCGAACCAAACGCCCAGGACAGGGCGGGUGUGUCCCCUCUCCUGUCCCCAUCCCUACCGUGUCGUGACAAUCCCACGGGGCUGCCGGUGGUGCUGCCGACAUUGUCUUUGUCCCCACCACGCCCCUCAGCCCCCACAGCUGUCCCCACCCCUCCCAGCUCGCUGCAGACUGGCAUCCGUGGCAGAGAUGGUGAGAGCCCAGCCGAGGGCACGGGAGCAGCCUGGACCAGCUGCCAUCGCUCCAGGACAGUGGUGGGCUGUGACACGGGACAGUGCUGGGCUGUGACACAGCACAUGCUCACCAUGGCAAAGGGACAACCCGGUGUGUGUGCCUGGCACCACUGCCGGGGUCCGUGGUGGCCGUUGCAACACUUGUAUCUCCACGCCGGGCCGAAGGACCCAGCUCCGAUUGCACUUGUCCCAAAAUAAAGCUCUAUUUUUGUUGUACUCCA